AAGAAGAAUCCACAGACAGCUACUCAGAACUUGGACAAGUCAGGGGACGUACGCAGAAUACGUUUGUCAGCUGUCAGUGCACUUUACAGCCUGGUUUCCAGACAAAGGUGACGUCAUCAUUUCUGCUGUUGGCAGAAUAGUAGUUUUAAACAGAACACUCACAGACAACACAGCAGCAGACAGUUGUAGUUCCAUCAUGGCGGAGGAUAUGUUUUCCCUCAUGAGUCUCGAGGACGAACUGAGCUGUAGCAUCUGCCUCUGUGCUUUCGACUGUCCGGUGACAAUUCCAUGUGGACACAACUUUUGCCAAGAGUGUCUCCUAGAAACAUGGAAAGACAACUACAGCUGUCCACAAUGCCGGACCCACUUCACCACCAAACCAGAGUUGAAGAAGAACACCGUUCUCAGCACUGUUGUGGAAACGUUCAAAAUGAAGUCGAAUAAAAGCGACCUCCCCAGUGAGGUGGACGACUUAAUCAUGUGGGAUGCGGUCAAGAUGGAGCCCAAAGAGGUGCCUAUCUUGUGCGACACCUGUAUGGAAGCCAAAGCAUUCAAGACCUGCCUCACGUGUAUGGCGUCGUUCUGCCUUGAGCACGUGAGGCCUCAUCAUGAGAACCCAGUGUUUGGCGCGCAUCAGCUGAACGAGCCUCUGGGUGACCUGCGCGACCGUAUCUGCCCCGACCACCACAAGCUGAUGGAGUUCUACUGUGUCCAACAUGGCCGCUGUAUCUGUGGUGUCUGUCUGCAGCAGGUGCAUAAAGGCUGUACCUUCUCCAACCCUGAUGAACAACGGGCACUGCAAGAGUCUGAUUUGAGGGGCAAGUUGAGUCUGCUGGAUGGAAAGAUUGACAAGAACCAGACUGUCAUCUCUCAGAUGAGUGACCAGCAGAGCAAGUUGAAGGACUCUGCAGCCAGCAGGAAGAGAGCUCUGGAGGACGAGUACCGCCAAAUCCGGGAGCUGCUGGACCGUGACGAGCGUGAGGCUCUGAACACCGUGGACCGCGAGCAGGAGAGCGCUCAGACCAAACUCCAGAACCUCAUAAAGAAGUUCAACCAGAACAUUGCGAAGCUUAGUGCGGCAAAAGGUGGCAUCGACAGCCUGCUCAGUCAGACUCAGACCAUGGCUUUCCUACAGGCCUCAGUUGACAUGCCGGCAGCGGUGGCCUUUGACCCCUAUACCCCGAAGGUCAACCUGGACUUUAAGGCCUUGGCAGCCUGGCAUGCCUACUCUGCAGUCCUGAAGGAGCAUCUCACAUGUGUACUGAAACAGCCUGUAGAGGCCAGACUGCAGAUACUCAAACCAGCUGAGAGGUUUACUCCUCCUCUGCUGCCAAACCUCUAUGAAAUGGGAGGCAUGCCACCACCAGGUCACAUGAGAAUGCCUCGAUCCCACAGCCCAGGAGCCCCACUCAGGGCAAACCAGAGGAAGAAGCCUCCACAAGAUUCAAACCGAGAGAGAAAGUCAGACAAGAAACGAGAUCACAAGGAAGGGAAAGAACAUAAGGCUGACAAAAAUCCCCAAAAGCCACCGAAUGCUCCCAGAGAGUUCCCCACUUAUGUUCCACACACACCGAGGGACCACCCCAGAGGACAAUCAGCAGAACCCAGACCCAGGAACAGGGAGGACCCAGGACAACCAAGUGUUCUCCCAAGUAUCACGUCUGCAGCAAAACGAAAUGACCUUCUGCAAUAUGGCACGGUUCUCACCCUUGACCUCAAAACAGCCCACAAGCGCAUCUCCCUCACAGAGAACAUGACCGUGGCCUCUGUGUCAGACGAGCCCACCCCUUACCCCGAUGGCCCCGCCCGUUUCUCCGUCUGCAGCCAGGUGCUCACUUCCAAGGGCUUCUCCCGCGGCCGCCACUACUGGGAGGUCAAGAUGAGCAGCAACAACUUCACCGGCAUUGGCCUGGCCUACAACAGCAUCGACCGGAAGGGUCCGGCUAGCCGGCUGGGGCGUAACGCCCAGUCCUGGUGCGUGGAGUGGUUCAACGUCAAGCUGUCGGCCUGGCACGCCAGCAGUGAGACUGUACUGCAGAACCCGAAUCCGACCCGCGUCGGCGUGCUGCUGGAUUGCGAGGAGGGAACGGCCACUUUCUAUAACGUACAGGACCGGGCAUACCCGUUCCAUACGUUUGUGUUCCAGUUCGCCGAGGCAGUGUACCCGGCGUUCUGGCUCUUCUCCAGCGGCUCGUCUGUUAGCCUGUGCAAGCUGCAGUCUUAAGACGUUAACACACAAACACACAUUCUUGUCCCUCGCAAAUAAUUAGAAUAUACAGCAUCUUGGGUCAAUAAAUUACUUAAUCAUACUGAUAUUGGGAACUUGUAUCUUAAAGGUUAUUAUUUGGUUGUGGUCACUGACUAUAGUAAUAAUGCAGUGUAGGUCAUAUCAUUUUGGACUUUAGUCUCUUGUAACUGCAGCAACCUCUAUACAGGCAGCAUUUGUUAAUCAGUAACUAAUGAAAACUAAGCACUUGCAUACAGGUAAAGGAACAUUACAAAUGAUUAUACAAUAUUAUUGUAUUGUCAAAAGCAUGAUUGACAUCCUUACUACCUUUUUGUUUUACUACUGUUGUGAUGUCAGCAGCAUGCUGUGAAAGGAAUUGAAGUCAAUUUAUUCCUUCAUGGUUCAUCAGACAUAGCGAGUUACAUUGGCUGGAUAGAAGGAAUGAGCUGACAUUGUGAUCAUUUAUGUCUGAUUCGCAAGUGGUUACGUGACAUGCUGUGGGGCGGCAGGGUAGCCUAGUGGUUAGAGCAUUGGACUGGUAACCGGAAGGUUGCGAGUUCAAACCCCCGAGCUGACAAGGUAGAAAUCUAUCGUUCUGCCCCUGAACAGGCAGUUAACCCACUGUUCCCAGGCUGUCAUUGAAAAUAAGAAUUUGUUCUUAACUAACUCGCCUGGUUAAAUAAAGGUAAAAUUAAAUUUAAAAAAAAAUAUGCAAACACGACUUACAAACAGAACUACUAAGUGGUAUUUGAACCAGGCGAAUGAGUUCUUUCUCCAGCUCUGCAGUCCUGGCUAAAUGUCUUGAUCAUCCAGUUUAUUUACAGAUACAUUUAAGUGGUCUGUGGGUAGCUGUUUACAGCCUGUUUUAUCAGAGCUUAUGAUCUCUUGGUGUGGGUCUUGGCAGUACACAGUAAUCACAUGUAAUAUACACAAAACGACGUGAAUAAACAUGUCUAACAUGUAUGUUAUCUGCUGUAUGGGAACAGUACCACAACGUUCAGAAGGCCAUGUACUGGCACACCUAUGCAAGAGUGUGGAUGGCUUUUACUGGUGUCAGGCAUCCCGCAUUAGGGAAUGUCAUAUCCAAUAACACCACUGGAUAUAGAGAAUCAAUGAAUCGAACAGAAAAGCAUCCACAUUAUUCUUGAUACCCCCAAAGGAAAAGUGGGUAUCGUUCACUUUUUUUCUUGAUCUAAUACAUUUCGCUACAGUGUUUCACAUAGAGCCUGUAAGUGAAGGGGGUUUCCGCAUGGUGCAGUGGGAGGAUGUGCUGAAAGCGCUUCCUGACACUGCUACUACAGGCUUGAUAGAACCUAGCCUGGUUGCCAGAUCUGCAUUUGUUUUAGAAUUACAGUGAACAGGGCAGAGGAGUUGGUUGAUCUGGCAACCAGGCUAGAUAGGCCCAGCCUGGCCCAUAAGAACAAGCAGAGGUCAUUUAGACCCUGUGAACUAGGACUUGUUCCAACUCUGUGGGUUUUGUAAAUAGGGAUGAUAUAGGGCUGGGGGUUUUUCCUGUCUAUGUGACCAGACAAAAGAAAAACUCUGGGCCCAAGUUAUAGCUAAUGUAGCUAUAGCCCAUAGCUAGGGCCUUCUCAUGUCCUACAAGGGUACGUAUCUGUAGCACAGUGAUGGUCUGUUGGUGUUAGUUUGGACAUCUGUGGGUGUCACAUUGUCUGUAACGUGGGUGCAUGCUUCUCAUAAUUCAUGCCUCUGAUAUUGUGGAUUGGAACUUUUCCAUUUAUGGACAUACAGCCAUCGCUACGAUCGGAGAGCAAGUUGAGAAUAGCAUGUGAUGGAUUAGUUUUGCUUUGCAAAGCCUGGUGCCAAAUGAAUAGUUGGUGUCAUUGCCUUCUCCCGCUAUAGAAACACUAGUUUUCCUGAUUUAAGGGAUUUCGACUGUUAGUGGAAUGAAGGCAAGCUGAUAUUUAAGGAAAAGAUGAAUUCAUUUGCUGGAUUGAAGCCAUUAUUGCCACUGGCUUUUUAAGAGAUCCCCAAAGGUUUGGACAAAGUCUGAACGACUCGCGUACACAACACCAGAUAGAGCAACGAUCAGAGGGCCAUUGUCAUGGUCCUUGUGUUUCAGCACGUUAUCCUCUCUGUCCAUUCCUUCCGUCUUAUAAGCUCGGUUCUUAAUUAAUGUGCUGAUGGUGUACUUUGUGUUGAUUUUGGUUUACUGACUUUGUUUGAUUGAGUCUUGUUUAACUGAAAAAUCUAUUUGAAAUUGUUGGUUGUGUUUUAAAGGGUAAGGUAUUGAUUCUGUUUGUGUAUAAAGGGUUUAAUCUGGUUAAAGACAAUUUGAAAAUGUCCCCUCGUGAUUUACUAUUAUAAGCCAUUUUGGGCUAAUGUAUUCCUCCAAAAAUGUAUCACAUACAAAUACAUAUAGUUACUAAUGAGUGUGGUGGUGUUGUGGCUUAUUUGUUCUACAUAUCUAGACACGUAUGUACUGCAUUUGGGGAUUAUAUUACUUCAAACUGCUCAGUAGACUUACCGCAAGUGCAUGGGAAGAAAAAACACUAUUGCUUUUCAUAUUAUAUACAUGUAAAACAAUGACAUUCAUAAUAUAUAUGAAAAUAUUUAUUAUUGGUGUUUCCAAAUCCUAAUUUACAUUGCUUAUUACAUUCAGUGAAAUAAUCCGUUUCAACAUCUGUUGUAGCAAAUUCAGUAAAGCCGAUUUUAUUUUCAUCUUUGUCUCUUAAAUGUUCCUCUUUUUUAAUUGCUUUAAAGUGAUUCAUUGUUUGCUUACAAUAAAAGUAAUUUAUCCAUC